AUGUACACAAUAGACCGACUAUUGCGAGCUCUGCUCCUAGUUUGCAUCCUCCUCGGCGUUACGGCAUACACUCCUUUAUCAGAUGAGACACUGCAGAACCUCCCGGCCGCGGGACCAGACUUCGAUAUCAAAAUGGGAUCAAUACUUGCUCCCAUACUCAUACCUCGAGUGCCAGGAACGCCAGGCUCGGCAGCUGUACAGCAGCAUUUUGUGGAAUGGUUCAAGACAAACCUACCGAGUUGGACAGUCGAGUUCCAGAACUCGACUUCGACGACUCCUGCAACUGGAAGCAGGGAGGUUCCCUUUGCGAAUAUAAUAAUUACUCGCGAUCCGCCAUGGACACAACGUGGUGAUGUGGGAAGGCUGGCUUUGGUCGCGCAUUAUGACAGCAAGCUCACACCAGCUGGAUUUAUCGGCGCAACAGACAGUGCAGCACCUUGUGCGAUGAUAAUGCACGCAGCGCGGAGUGUGGAUGAAGCGCUGGCUCGGAAAUGGGCUGCUAUGGAGGAAGACGGCUCCCAUGGUCUUGAGGAGGAGAAAGGCGUUCAGAUCAUAUUUUUGGAUGGGGAAGAAGCGUUUGUAAGCUGGACAAACACUGACUCCCUUUACGGUGCUAGAUCAUUGGCAGAAGAGUGGGAAGCUACUCCUCACGUAGCCAUGUCUACCUACCACACACCAAUCAGUGCCAUAACCCUCUUCCUACUUCUCGACCUGCUCGGAACGGCGAAACCGAAGGUCCCAUCAUAUUUUAAAACCACACAUUGGGCAUACCAAAAUCUUGCUGGACUAGAAAUGCGGUUGCGGUCUCUCGGCGUCCUAAUGUCCAAACCAGACCACCCUUUCCUCACCGAAUCCGAGAAAGCCGCGAACCAAUUUAACAACGCAUGGGGAGUCCAGGAUGACCAUGUUCCAUUCAUGGCGCGUGGAGUGGAAGUUCUACACAUCAUACCUACGCCAUUCCCCCACGAAUGGCAUACAAUGGAUGAUGACGGGUCACAUUUGGAUCUUCCGACCGUGGAGGACUGGGCUAGGAUGCUCACCGCGUUUGUGGGUGAAUGGAUGGAUCUUGAGGGAUACUUUCCACAUAAGAGUCUAGCUGCAGAUGGAGUCCAACCUGCAAAGAAAGAUGAACUGUAA